AUGACCCCAAUUGCCAUCUCGGCAUCGGAACUAAACCAGUUCCCGAGUCCAACCCAAGGCCGCGAUGUCAUUGUCCAAGACCUUGCGGCAAAGAUGCCACAAGUCAUGCCGGAUAAGUCUUCGAGAGUGUCAUCAGCCCACAACCUCGUCCUAAGCUGGUUCCUGAUUCGAACUGAAGUUGAAGGCUCUUCGAGAAUACGCUUCUCGGUCCAGAUCAUCGGUGGUGCUCUGAAGAAAGCAAAGAUAGAACCGUGGGAGUGA